AUUGGACUACAAUUUAAUUACCUGAUCCCUUCAAUGGAUAAUUUGGACUGUCUGAGUGAUGUACAGGUAGCAGAGAAGAAGCUGUUUCUAGUUCAAGGAGAGAAACCUCAACUAAUUAAUUGGGAGAAAUAUGGUCUAAGGAUUGGAGUACAAGAAGAUACCUUAUCACCUACCAAUACAGUUGAGGUAGCAGUGGUCGCUCUUGUAGGAGGAGAGUUUGUGUUUCCAAAGAAUACAGUACUAGUGAGUGCUGUUUAUGCUGUUUCAGUAUCCAAGCCUCUCCUCAAGCCAUUGCGACUAGAAAUUGAGCACUGCAUUGAUCUGAGGGGACGACCAGGUCUUACACAAUUUUUGAAGUUUGCCAUAGCUCCCAUGAGCACACCCAGUCUUCCUUACCACUUCUCAGUAGUCCAGGAAGGAGAGUUUAAAGCUGAUAGUUGGUAUGGAUCCAUUGAACGUAAAGAGUUCUGUUUGGUAUCUGUUGUUGGUCAACAGUUGCGACAGGUGGCUCCAUGGAUUGGAGAAGAAGAAGGUCAUGGUGGGAAUGGAGGAGGUGCUGGUGGAGGAGGAGGUCAACAAACGAAUGAAGGAGAAGGAGGGGACCAGCAACAAUUGGAAGGACAGGCUGGACAGACACAGCAUGAGGUGCUUAUUGAAGGAGAACAUGAGGAGGAGGAACAUGAUGGGCUAUUGGAUCAAGGACAAGAGGGGCAGCAUUCACAGCAACUAGUACUGGAACAAGGAGCACAAGAACCACAUCAAAAAGGAGAAGAUGUACAAGGACAAGAGGAACAACAAGAAAGAGGAACAACUGCUAGUCCUGAUGAUACUAUGAAACCCACUGGAGUGAAAGAUGCUGAAACAUAUGCUGGACUGGUUUAUUAUGAAAAGAAAGAAACUGAAGAUUUGGUGACAUUCACUGCAGCUAAGAAAUUGAGUGCUCUCCUUGAAUUUAUUAAAAGCGAAAACUCUUGUGCUGAAAGAGGACAAAAUGUUUAUUUUUCAUUCAAUCCUUUCUAUUCAUAUAUUGAAUUGAAGUUUGAUGCUCCACAAGAGAAACCAUUCACUGGUUGGAGUAUUGAGCCUCACCUUAAGCCUUGUAGAUUGCGUCGUUGUGAUGUUGAUAAUUUUGGUGAAGCUAAUUAUCCUCUUCCUCCAUGUUGUCUGAUAUCAGUCUAUGGAUCACCUGGUGCUGUACCAUCACUACAUUACUCUGUACCACUGGAUGGAGUGGCUGAUCCUGUUACAUUAUUUAUUCACCGAUCACUGAGAACAUUGUCCCUACCAGCAAUUCCAGUAAAUCCAAGUCCCCUACCAGUGCCGAGAAAAAGAGAACAAGGUCUCAAUUUAGUUUCUAUUAGAAAAGGGUUACAGCAAGCUCUUACAAGGCAUCGAGUUGAUUUGAGUCAAGCUUUUAAUCUUUCUCUAACCAGCAUAUUCAAUGAAAUGGUUCAAGUGGGUAUUGUCAGUAAUAACACUGAGAAAUCCUAUGAUGCAAUAAUUACAAGUCUUAAUGUUGGGAUGAGUUUUAUGAAGAGUUCUUCUGAUCUUGAGUUAUACUGUGUGAAGUUUCUCAAUGGAUUAUCUAAAGUUGGUGGGCCAGUGGCUCUUGCAGCUGAAACAAUAUAUGAAGAAUGGACUGAGGCAAGUGAAGGAGAACUGUUGUUUGAUUGCUUAGCAAAAAGAGCCAAAAAUAUUUAAGUUAUAAAUUAUACAUGUAUUAAAGUUUUUGGGUGAAGACUGGAUUGAAAUGUUGGGACUUGAUUUUAAUAUUGAUACAUGAUACUAAU